AUGGCUAGCUCACGAUCGGUCACAAAGUGCCUCCCAAGGCUAUCUUCGACGAUAUGCCGUCAGUCUCGACACCUGUCCUCACAAGCAAGAGCUCCGAGCAAUCUUCUCCGCCCCUCCUCUUUAUUUUCUCUGCCCAGUAGAAGUAUCUCGCGCCUACAAACCUCGUCCCCAUAUACCCGAUCUUUUACAACCACUGCGCAGAGGCAGCAUGGUCAUAUCCAUCCUCCGAAGCCGGGCGAGGAGCUCUAUGUGACUUUCAUCGACAAGGAUGGUCAAGACUACAAAUUUGCCGUCUCCGAAGGCGAUAACCUGCUUGAUAUUGCGCAAGCCAACGACUUAGAAAUGGAGGGCGCUUGCGGAGGGUCAUGCGCAUGCUCUACAUGCCACGUCAUUGUCACCGAUGACGGAUAUUACGAUAAAAUUCCCGAACCAGAAGAUGAUGAGAAUGAUAUGCUGGACCUGGCUUUCGGCUUGACGGAAACCAGCCGCCUUGGCUGUCAAGUGGUGAUGAAGAAGGAACUGGACGGCUUGGUUGUUCGCUUACCCUCCAUGACACGAAAUCUGCAGGCCAGCGACUUCAGUUAA